AUGAUCCCAACUCUAGUACGAAGGCUGGCGCAACCCGCCAAGGAAGCGGCCAUCAAGUCGACGCAGGCCAGCAACUUUCCACAGACCAAAAAAGUCUGGCCACCCAACUUCAAGGAGCUCAGCCACCAGCAGCAGCUGCGCUUUGAGAAAAAGUACAAGCGUCGCGUCUCACGGGCCAACUACUCGCCGCGAUGGGACAAGGGCGUCAAGUAUGCGCAGCUGGCAACCAUUACGGCUGCCUUGAUAUGGCUCCUGUUCUACUCCGAGUUCGAAUGGUGGGGCCAGAAAUAUAAGCCAUCCGAAGAGAUUCGUCGGCGCGCGCAAUACUUGUUUGGCGUCAUGGACCCUGACAAGCGCUACGAGCGUCGCAAAGACAUGGUUGAGCCAGUCAGCGCGAGCAGCGCCACCAGCGACAGCAAAGAGUCUCCCUCAAAAUAA